AAUGUUUGUUUGGUUUUCCUUUCAGUUCAGUUUCAGCUUAUUUGGCGAGAAAUUCGCAGCUGAUUUGAACAGUUUAAAUCUUUAAAAAAUGACCGAUGGUUCGACAAAUUGCUUGACUUGUCGGCAGAAAGCGGACGAUAUUCUACGGCUAUCAGACAAAGCCAAUGGUGAGGAUAUUGGUGCUGUUGUUGCGUGCCACUUUUGGUUUCCGGCUGACCAGUAUGAAGAUCGGGUCCUGUGCGGCAUUUGUUGGGAGAAAAUCGAAGACUUUCACAAAUUUUACUGCGAAGUCAAAGAGCUUUGGGAUCAUGAUUAUUUCCCCGGUGGCACCACCGAUAUCAAGACGGAAGACGAUGAUGAAGAUGUCUUGCUACCGGAGCUGCUAUUUACAAGUGAAUUGAUCAAGGAAGAAGUAUCGGAGAAGGGCAUCAAAGUCCAUUCGUUAAAGGCACCAGAUGGUCACGUUUCAAACGACGAGGUCUUAGAAGAAACAGCAGAUGAUUCAGAGGAAGAUUCAACAGUACCUAUAGCCAAAAGAUAUAAACGGAAUAGAAGCAAAGAAAUUGCUUCGAAACGUGCCAAGCCGGUUCGAAGGAAACAACUCAGCAGGACUGAAGAAAAGCCGUUACGCAAACAAGCAGUCAAAAAAAGAGGCGGAUCUUUACUUCAAUGUGACCAUUGUGACGUAGCGAGACUUUUCAAGAGAGAGGACAGUUUACAAAUGCAUCAAUUGAUCAGCCAUUCGGGACAGUUAGAGAAGAAGUUCCAGUGUGACCAAUGCGAGAAAGGAUUUGCAUUCGAAUGGAUGUAUUCCGCACAUAUGAGUUGGCAUCAAAAAGCAGGCUUAAACAUUACUUGUCAUAUAUGUAACAAGUACUUUCACACCCCUCGCACGUUGAAGAAUCACAUCAAGGCCAAUCAUACGGAGAACAUGACCCCAGCACCUGACUCAACUGCAGUCAAUGCGGCGAUUGCGACAACAGAACCAGAAAUUCACACAAGCGACGAAGACAUGGACGUAUUGAUCCGGAAAUUCUGCCCACUUAUCUGCGACAAAUGUGAGUUUGUGGCCGAAAGCUUCCAGGAUCUGAAGAAGCACUUCAGCGCCGUACACAAACAGCAUGUGUAUGCCAAGUGCUGCGACAAGAAGUUUUUCAAGAAGCGAAUGCUCUUCCAGCAUUGUCAGUGGCACGAGAAUCCGGACCUGUUUCGUUGUGAGGUAUGUAAUAAGUCCUUCACUGAAAAGGAAGGCAUUGACCGGCACAACAUAUGGGUCCACACGCCUGAUUCGGAAAAGCCGUUCAAAUGCGAAAUAUGUGAUUCUGCUUAUGCUAGCGAAUACCUGCUGAUACCCCAUAUGAAAUAUCACUUUUCCAUGGAGAAGAAAUCGUUCAUCUGCAAAGAUUGCGGCAAACCUUUCGGAUCCGAGCAUUACUUGCGAACGCAUGAGCAAACCAUACAUGGCACGUCGUUCAAUUUCGUUUGCGAUAUCUGCGCUAAGGGAUUUGCUUCCAAGUCAUUUUUAGACGCACAUCGAUUGACACACACCAAAGAAGGAGCAGCCAGUUUGAAGAAACAAUGCGAACAUUGUAAGAAAUGGCUCAAGAAUCGAAGCUCUCACAAACGCCACGUGCUACGGUGCUUGUCCGAUGGUCCGGUAAAGUGCGAUCUCUGUGGGAAAGAUGUGGCUAACUUGCCCGAUCACAAACGCACCAAUCAUGUGGAACGGCCACUGUUGACGUGUAGUUACUGCGGGAAGCAGUUCAAACGCGCUAUUCGGCACAAGGAGCACGAGGCAAAUCACCGGGGAGAGGUGCUGUAUUCUUGUCCGUUCUGUCCUUAUUCAUGCAACUCAAAUUCCAACAUGUACACUCAUAAGCAUGCAGCACAUGCGGAACAAUGGGCAGCGAAGCUUGCGGAUCGGUUUUAUAGGCGAUGAUGUGCUUUGAAUAAGGUAAGAACAUGUCAUUUAAGCAAUCUA